AUGAUGCUCUUGUUUGAGACACCAACUGGCUAUGCUAACCUCCCUGCAGAUGUCCUGGUGUGCCCCCUCCGGCCAGUGGAGCGCUUUCGAGAUCUGCGUCCCGACGAAGCGGCUGAUUUGUUUCAGGCCACCCAGAGGGUCAGCAAGGUGGUGGAAAAGCAUUUCCAGGGGACUUCUCUUACUCUUGCUAUGCAGGAUGGCCCCGAAGCUGGACAGACUGUGAAGCACGUUCACAUCCACAUUCUGCCCAGGAAGGCUGGAGACUUUCACAGGAAUGACAGCAUCUAUGAUAAGCUCCAGACACAUGACAAAGAGGGAGCGGACUCCCCAGCCCUGUGGAGAUCAGAGGAGGAAAUGGCCGCAGAAGCCGCAGCGCUGCGGGCCUACUUUCAGUGGCAGGCAUGAAAAGCAACUCGAACAAAUCCCAAGGAAUAAGGAAAUGGGCCUGUUCUCAGGACUCUGCAGCAUCGGAAAUGAAGCCAAGCAGACUUUAUUACAUCCUCCAAUUCGGCAACCUUUGGCUCAGCAUUUUAUUACCCUGCGGAAGCCACCCGGUUAUGUUUCAAUCACGAUGACUGACAGGCUAACUUCAGCACCACGGCAUCGGCAGCCCUUCCGCCCUCCUGGUCUGCGCCCUCAGAACAGAGCCCUUUCUGAAUUGUCCCUGGGCCUGGAUGGAAAUAAAGGGCAGUUAAGAUA